UUUCAGCGUGAAUGUAUAUCAGUUCAUUGUGGCCAGGCUGGAAUCCAAAUUGGAAAUGCAUGCUGGGAACUGUAUUGCCUAGAGCACGGCAUUCAACCUGACGGUCAUAUGCCGUCAGACAAAUGCGGAGGAGACGACAGUUUCAACACCUUCUUUUGCGAGACAGGAGCUGGAAAGCACGUUCCAAGAGCAGUAUUCGUAGAUCUGGAACCGACAGUAAUCGAUGAAGUCCGUACGGGAACAUAUCGUCAACUGUUUCAUCCUGAACAACUCAUAUCUGGAAAGGAAGAUGCUGCAAACAACUAUGCUAGAGGACACUAUUCUGUUGGAAAAGAAAUGAUUGAUUUGGUGCUUGAUCGUAUUAGAAAAUUAUCAGAUCAAUGCACUGGCCUUCAGGGAUUCCUCAUUUUUCAUUCAUUUGGUGGCGGAACCGGAUCUGGAUUCACUUCUCUGUUGAUGGAAAAGUUGUCAAUUGAUUUUGGAAAGAAGUCUAAAUUGGAAUUUGCCAUUUAUCCAGCACCCCAAAUAGCCACAGCAGUUGUAGAACCCUACAAUUCAAUUCUAACGACACACACAACUCUGGAACAUUCCGAUGCUGCCUUCAUGGUCGAUAACGAAGCAAUCUACGACAUUUGCAGACGUAAUUUGGACAUCGACCGCCCGACGUACACAAAUCUCAACAGACUAAUUGGACAGAUCGUAUCAUCAAUAACAGCGUCUCUUCGUUUCGACGGUGCUCUCAACGUCGAUCUGACAGAGUUUCAAACAAACCUGGUUCCCUAUCCAAGAAUUCAUUUUCCUUUAGUAACCUAUGCUCCUGUUAUAUCCUCAGAGAAAGCUUUCCACGAACAACUAUCAGUAAACGAUAUUACAACCGCUUGUUUCGAGCCAGCCAACCAAAUGGUCAAAUGCGAUCCGAGACACGGUAAAUACAUGGCCUGUUGCAUGCUGUAUCGAGGAGACGUGGUGCCGAAAGAUGUCAAUGCCGCAAUCGGGAUAAUCAAGACCAAACGUACCAUCCAAUUCGUAGACUGGUGUCCAACUGGUUUCAAAGUGGGCAUCAAUUACCAACCACCCACAGUGGUACCAGGAGGAGAUCUCGCGAAAGUACAACGUGCAGUUUGUAUGCUGUCCAAUACAACGGCCAUUGCCGAAGCUUGGGCUCGCUUGGAUCAUAAAUUCGAUUUGAUGUAUGCCAAGCGUGCUUUUGUCCAUUGGUAUGUUGGAGAAGGAAUGGAGGAAGGUGAGUUUUCUGAGGCUCGCGAGGACACAGCUGCGCUUGAGAGGGACUAUGAGGAGGUAGGCAUGGACUCCAAUGAUGGAGAGGCAGAAUGUGCAGAAGAGUUUUAGGUUUAAGGGUCACCUAGCUCAAGUGCAUGUGUCUUCUCCAUCGUAUGAUAAAUUAUAUGUAUAAUGAUAACGUGUAUUAGUAAAAAUUAUACGAGGUAGUGAAUAUAAUUGUAAGUAUAUCAUGAA